CUUCUCUUCUUUUCUCAACACUUUUUAUCAUCUUUUGUGAAGUAUUUCUUUCUAUUUGGAUUAUCUUCAUGCCUCCAAGCAAAAUAAGGUACACAUUUUCAUUUUCUCAUUAUUUAGUGCCUUGGUUAGGUCAAAAUUGUGUUGAGAGAUUUGAGAAUUUUGAUACUUUUAUAGGCCAUCGCAUGAUUCCUAGGAGCCAUAGGAUUGAUUACUAUGCUUCAAUGUUAUCUUAUACGCAUUAGGAGCCAUUGGUGGGGCAUUUUUAUGCAUGUUCUGAGUUUUCUCAUUUUCCCACAAAGUGUGAUGAAUCCCCAUCCACAUAGUUUCAAUUUUAUUGAUCCUAUGCUUUGCAUUUACGCUUAUAAGUGAACCUUGCAUGUUUGAAUUAGGUCAAUUUGUGGUGAAUGAAUGCUUGUAAUGUCAUCAUGGCCCUAUUUCUCCAUCUAUGUUUUCACCUUUGCAUACAUUGUUCCACUUAAGUGUGGGGGAAACAUAGAUGGUUGUAAAGGAUAGAAAAAGAUAUCAUGACAUCAUUUUGAGGCACAACUCAAUGUUGACUAGGUGACACCGAGGCUAUAACGUGAUCGUGAUGAUUUCUCCACUAGGCGAGGCAUUUUCCUUCUGACUUGCGCCUAGACGAGCUUAGGCAAGUGCCUAGACGAGCUUAGGCGAGUGCCUAGGCGUGCUUUUUAGAACCAUGGAUUUGAUGAACGGAUUUAUGGUUUUUGUGCAUUUCUUGUUUUCACUUCUUUUGUAGGAUUACUCACGAGCACAAGGAUAUGGCCUGGGGAGAGAUUUCCAACAAUAUGGAGAAUUCUAAUCCUACUCAUCUAUGCCAUUUCUCUAAGAAGAAAAAGAGUAAAUCUCGUUCGAAGGAGGCGAUUAUUGAAGAACCAAAUCCACAACAACCACCACCUUUUGAGAAACCUCAAGAAGAUCAACAAGGGAAUCAAGUUAGCCCAAGAGUGGGAAUCGAACACCUCACUCAUGCAUUCCCGGAAAAUCUUCCCAAGCAAUUUAAAGCCAAACUUUUAUGGCUCCAAGAUCUUCCUUAAGGUGAAAUCACGUGCCUCAACUGGAUCCUUUUUGUUAAUCUCGAGAUAGAAGAAGCCAUUCGUUCCAAGAUACAGAAAUAUGAGUGGCUGAAAUUGCUGAGAAUUCAAGUAAACAUCUACACGGUAUUUGUUCUAGAAUUCAUCAGGUACACUCACCAUUGGAGAUGUUAGAGGUGCCAAUGAUCUUCUGAACAACAUUGAAUUCAAACUAGGCGGAGAACACAACCAUAUGACGCUCUAGAAGUUUCCUAGAGCUAUGGAUAUUUACCCAACGGAUUUUGUUAACUCACCAAAAGAUUUUUCUACCUUGACUAGGGAAUCUGACUUUCCAUUCUUCAAGGCAUUCUAUGAAUCUAAAGUCAAGAAUAUCGGCAGUUGGCAAUGGGAUGUUAAGCUAUCAAAGGCAAGUGAAGUGAAUCUGGAGUGGAGAUUGAUGUACCACGUGAUUGCUAGGUACAUGGGUGGGAAAAACAAGAGUAACAACAAUUUAACUGCCCGAGACAUCACUUCAUCUAUAGCAUGCAUCACCCUCACUCUUUACCCCUCGGAUUGGCGAUUUUGUACAUAUUCAAAAGAUACGAAAAGGAUCAUCGACUGACUGCUCUACAUGGAGGUGUAUAUGUUACUCGUCUUGCACGUUACUUCGAAUUGAUUUUGGGGCAGUUCAAUUUCGCUAUACUAGGACCAUUCCUAUAUCCUUCGAUACGCAGAAGUCACGCAUCAAGGCAUUGCGCUUGAGCGAAGAUAACAUAUGGGAAAUUUGUGACCUACCCUUUCCUACAACCAAUACCUUGAACAUGGCCAGUACAAUAUUCCAACUUCCAGAAUCUACAGCAACAAGAGGACGAGUGGACAUGAUCGAUGAAGAAGGACAAGAAGGGAGAGUGCCUAAAGAAGUAGUGCUACAUCAAUCAACAUUUCGUCUGGCGCCUUCACCGAUUUUCCAAGCAAGAGAUUUUCGAAAUGAAGCAACGAUGGAGGCAAUCCUUCAAAACCAAAGAAUAGAAAAGGAAUUAGGUACCAAAAGGACACAAGUGUAGCAAGAAUGGGAAAAAGGUGAAGAUCCCAGUCUAGACAAGGAAGAUCACGAUCGAUAAAGGAGCACACGAAGUGAGAGUGAAGAUCAUGACCUGCAUAGCAAAGAUCAUGGCCGCGAUAUUGGAGGCUCCAGUAGUGAACUUAAGGAGGAUCCAACCUGGGAGAAGCAGAGAGUUUUGCAAGUCAAAUCGUCGUCCUCGACUUCCCAGCCUGCGAGAAAGAUCGCGGCUUUGACUCACAUAUCGCUACCAUGAAGUCGGCCUGCGAUCUCUCCAUUGAUUUUAUUGUUUCAUAUAUGGUUAAUCAUGCUUUGGUACGUCGUCCUACUCUUCCCUAUUAGCUUUGAAUUGACCCAUCAUUAGGCUGGAGUUUUACAGUUAAAUUGGGUAGUGUCGUCUAGCAGAUUAAGGGUAGGUAAAUUGUUUCAAGGUCUUGUACUAGACGUGGUGAUCAUACCCCUACUACAAGAACACUUUCCUAUAAAAUGAUUAAGGGGACCGCAAGCAUGUAUCGAUGCGUGUCUUUAGUGUGGAUGAUAGGUAGAACCUAUUAAAAUUAGCUAAAUCCGUAAUGCCCCAAAUAGGUGGGCCUUAAAUGGAGUGCUAAUGGGUCUUGGGGGGACGUACUCGGAGGCGUGGGAUAACGACGCAGGCCAACAAAAUUAGAGAACUCAUGCAUCAUAUCCUAUAAACCCAACAUAGUUAGUCAUUUUCAUGUUAGACCUAAUAUAUGGUGAUGGAGUUACCCUGAAGUACCUGCUUUUAUCCCUGUAUUUUCACUCUACUAGUAGUUCAAUUAUCACCUCCAAAACAAACCCCAAAAAUCGAUCGGUUAGAUAAUAAUAGAGCGGGAAGUAAGCUAGGAUACCGAAACCCGGGUAAUACGACCUUGGUCACCACUGUAUAGCAAUGUCAUGUCGAGUUACACUUGGCACGAUAUGGGGUAGUUACACUUGUGCCGUUUUUCUUGGUUUCCUCGAUCCUAUGAGCUAUUUUAUUCUAGGUGUGUUCUUGUUGUGUCAUAUUUCAGACCUAAGCAUGUAAUCUUGGGAUCAGGAUCGAAGUUCGGAUAAAAGAGGGGGUGACUGGAGCAAAAUGGUCAAAGAUGCAGAGAUCACGGUUUUGGAGGAAUUAUCACGGGUGCAGACCGCGAAGAUGGCACCCACACCGUGAUGAUCCUAAUUUUUUUUCGAGAUCAUGGUUGCCUUGUCAACUUCAUGGGUGUGAUCUUGGACCGUGAUUCCUGCACUCGGGGACUAUAAAAGGGAGAGUUAGCUGAAUUAAAAGGGGGGAGUCCUGGAGAGAGAUUGGAGCUUCUUCUUCAACAGUAAGAGAGAGAAAGCUAUGAGCUAAAGAAGGAGGAAGGAGAUUUUUACCUAUCCAAGGCUAGAGGAAGGUUGAUUUCUUCUCCCAAGGUGGAAUCAAGCAUCCAAAAGGAAGGAAGAUCACUUUUGUAAUGGGUUUUUCUUCUAUCUUAUUUGUAGACCUAGCAAAUUAUAACCCGACCCGAACCUGCCUGAAAAGUAGACUAUUUUAUAACUGGAAUGACCCCAACCCGAUAACCCAUGAUUUUUUUGGUCGGGUUGGGUGGGUUAGCGGGUUGACCCGUUAGACACAUUCCAUUUUAUAUAUCACUCACAGAAUGAAGAAAUCACUCAUAAAUUGGUGAGAUAUUU